AUGAAAACUGCUACUCACCUACACUCCUUUGACCUACUGCUGCCUAGCCACGCCACCUGCUGCAUCCUAGAGCUAUUGCAAUCAAUCCAGUUCCUCAUGCCUCUGAAGCUUGAAAUUUCUAUCUUUGUCAAUUCCUUUAAACCUCGUCUACACUCUUCUACCUACAUCAUAAACUUCAAAGUAUCUGUUAGGAAAUUCAGUUCCCAGAUGUUCUUAUAUGCUCCGAGUGUAAGAGCGCAGCUUUUUCAUGGAUGGCAGAAGUAUUUUCUUGUCCCAUUUGCGGAUGCUAUGUAUAUCAAGAUCCAGAAGAUACUUCUCAGAAGGGUGAUGGCGGAGAUGAAGGAAACAUGGAAGAUGAAUAGUGGGAUAUUUUCAAGGGUGCGCCCAACGUUCACUUUCUUCGUCACUAUAACUGACAAGCUUUGUGCAUCAAUGUGGAACUCUGGUCCGCCUCUCAGCUGUGGAAAAUACGGAGCAACAUACCCAGCAACGCUCCGUUCGAACGCGCCUACCCAGUUUCGCUAUAGGCCAAAGAACGCCACCUUGUGCUCGACUAUUGCAAUGGCCGAAAAUAAAACCACUGAGCAAGCCGAACAUGCCUCUUCUCCAAGCUCGCUUUUAGCCUCGUCUUGCACCCUCCCUGCCCAGAAUCCAAGGGCCUCCGAACCUGCUUCCACCACAAUACCCAUACCCCCUAUAUUGAGCAACCCACUGGCCGAAUCACCAACAUCUACUACGGCUCUGCGAUGGGCGGUAUAUCCUUGGGCCAUCACCUCACCAGCAGUCCACCUACUCCCAAUCAAGCCUCUCUUAUCAUCGAGCCACCCAGCCCCCAAACGAGAUCAUCCAUGCAAGGGGGACCCCUAUUCAGGUAUCAAUACGCAAAUCCCAAUUGUUAGUCUCGAUUCUGCGCGGAGGAUGUCAGUGUAUUUCGUGGGCGGGAUGUACACUGAUAAAUGCUACUGCAAGUAUCCCAAAUGUGAUCGGCGCUCCGGUGCGGGAAGACUUUGGGUACACCCCAGUUCUAGGGCAAUACAGAAUGAUGAAAUGAACUAUAGCAUGCUAGGUAGCUAG